AUUAACGUUUCUCUCUUACUUCGUUUGAGCUACAAAAUCUCUCGCGAUGGAAGAAGAAAGAAUCGAAACGCAAAGAGAAAUCCCGAUAUUCAGAGAUAUAAGGCGUUAUACUUGCGAGUACUGUGGGAUUGUUCGCUCGAAGAAGACCCUCAUUAAUGCUCAUAUUCAAUCACACCACCAGGAUAAACUUAUAGAGAAAGAAGAUGAUGCAGAAUGCAAGUUGAACGUUUGUGAGGAAUGCGGGGUCUCAUUUCGAAAACCUGCGCACUUGAAGCAGCAUAUGCAAAGCCAUUCACUCGAGGUUGGGCGACCUCCUGAGAAGCUCCAUCAAGCGACCCUCAAUCACGCCAUCAAUAAGAGACCUUUCUUUUGUCCAAUGGAAGACUGCAACCACAGUUACAGAAGAAAAGACCACCUAAAUCGCCACCUAAUCCAACACCAGGGUAAAAUCUUUGAAUGUACAAUCAAAAACUGCAAGAGCAAAUUCUCAAUCCAAGGGAACUUAACAAGACACAUCAAAGAAAUCCAUGAUGAUGACUCAGACUCUGAAGACACACAAGAACAAAAGACUACUUACACUUGUCCAGAACCUGGAUGUGGAAAAGUUUUCCAAUAUGCAUCAAGAUUACAAAAACAUGAAGAAUCUCAUGUUAAGUUGGACACAGUGGAAGCAUUAUGUGGAGAAUGCAUGAAGUAUUUCACAAACGAACAGUGUUUAAAGGCUCACAUUCAAUCAUGUCAUCAACAUAUCAACUGUGAAAUCUGUGGUAGCAAACACUUAAAGAAAAACAUCAAACGACACCUUCGAACACAUGAAAAAGUUGUAUCUGAAGAGAAAGAGAGGAUCAAAUGCAGCUUUGAUGGAUGUGAUCAUACAUUCUCAAAAAGGUCAAAUCUUGCAGUACAUGUAAAAGCUGCUCAUCAUCAAGAGAAGCCAUUUGUGUGCAGUGUUUCGGGAUGUGGGAUGAGGUUUGCUUUUAAGCACGUGAGAGAUAAUCAUGAGAAAUCCGGAAGCCAUGUUUACACUAUGGGGGAUUUUGUUGAAGGUGAUGAUGAGUUUAGAUCAAGGGAAAGGGGUGGUGUGAAGAGGAAAUUGCCUGGUGUGAUUGAUGCUCUGAUGAGGAAAAGAGUUCUUCCAAUUAAUGAGUCUGAUUGCAUUCAAGGGUCUGAUUAUAUUCAGUGGUUAAUGUCAGCAGGCGAUGAAGAUUAGUUAAUUGUCUUAAAUAAAAUGCUUAUAAAUUUUAAGUUUCGAUGAUGAAGUGUAUAAGAUAAGAUAUGUUUUUAGGUUUUUUCCACAAAACAAUUAGUGUA